CCUUGGCAUAGGUUAUGAAAAUAUAUCAUGAUAAAUGCCCUGAUCAGAGUGCCCUCCUUUCAGAACUCUAAAAUUUAGUACACUGAAAUUUCGUAAAAUGGGCGUUGUCGACAAAUUUCUUUACUUCUUCGAGCUGAAGUACGGCGUACUCAUAGUUGGGUUCGUGGACAUCAUCCUAAGUAUACUCUGCGGGUGCUACCUGCCAUGGAUAAGGCGUAAGGUGGAUGAAGAUUUUUGGAUCCUUACACAGGCGGCGUAUACUAUUCAUGGGCAAUCCCUUGCGAAACGUUCGCAGCUGUACGAUUUUUAUGUUGCUGAUGACUUUUACUUCAAUAGGUUCGGCUAUUCAAUGUAUAUAUUCUGCUUGAUUGUCCUCGUUCUUCACAUUGGCGCCUCCAUACUCAUCAUUGUGUCCGUACUCUCGGAGGAGAAAACCAUGGCUGCCCCCUACGUGGCCACUGCCCUGAUGCGCUUCGUUGUGCUGCUCCUCAUCCUGAUUUGGAUAGUGACCAAGUCGUUUGACUGCACCACCACUUUUUGGCUGAUAGGCCUGAGUCUGUUUCCAGCCACCUACUUUUGGCUAACAGUCGUGUCUUGGUACAGCCCGUCCACCUCGGAAUAAACUUAGCAAUCGGAUUUGUGUCAGAAUCAAGUACUCGCAUUAUUCGCAUUAUACUGGAUAUCAUAUUUUUCAUAUUUGUGUUAAUAGACGGCACUGAUGUCGUGGCCCUGGUUCUCAUCAUAAUAGGUACGUUGUAGGUGAUGUUCCACAGAUUUGGCCUAUUAUGAAGACUGGUGUAUGGAUCAUAUUGAGGAGGUUCUUGAAAGCAGCUACUACUCUUUAGCCUACUAUACUUGGAUUAUCGCAUUUUUCAUCCACUUUGCCCAUCUAAUAUCCUGAUAAUUGCAAGAGAUAACCUAAUAAUGGCUCUCGCACUGCUCAUAAUCGGGUUGGUAAAUGGGAUACUUUUGAUUUUCACCAUAAUUAACACAGUUGUUGCAGUCUGCUGUUGGUACGUUGUCUAUUCAUGGUACAAAAAGCUUGAACGCUUAGAGGAAGUCCAAAACUGAUACAAGACCCCAAAAGAACGCUAUUUAAAUCUUAAUUAGAAUGAAGUGAAUCUUAAUUAGAAAGUGCUGCUGCUGUGAGCUGAGAAGGGAAGCCUUGAUGUAGAUGUGAUUGUGACUGCGGCAGUUGUUUUGGAUAUUAAGAGUGUGGCCCUUUACUUGUCGGUCGUUGUCUACUCGUGGUUCAAGAUGAUCGAAAGCUCAACAGGUUGAAACUAAAAUACCUCAUUUGAUCGCACCAAGCUUGAUAUUAUGUAUAAAUAAAUUCUAAGUAAGCAGUUGAAA